AUGUCUUCCCGUCACCAAGGGAAAGGAAAAGGAAAGCAGACAACGGAUAGGGUUUCAAGCCAUGCAUCAUCACAAAGGUCUUCAGGCCAUGACAGAAACGCUGAGACAAGAGAUCGUCAACAGAAGAUUGCCCAGCCAGCGCCAGUACCACCAGUACAGUAUUAUGCAGGAGGAUACAAUGAAGUCGAUAAUUCUCCUUACUACCAGGGGCAGUAUCAGCAGCAGGAUUAUGUUGCAGCUGGACCGGCUCCUAAGUCUGAUGCUCCACCGCCUGUGUAUCAAGGGUCAUCUUUUGGUACUGGAAACUUUUCUGGCGCGGAAACAACAACUGAGGCAUCAGCCUCGUCUGGAUACAACUAUAGAGAUCAAAAUGUGCCUGAUACAACAUCCUUCAAAGAUGUUUAUGAAGUGGCUGGUCUGGGCUACCUGAAGCCGCAAGUGGAAAACAGAUCUUUUACACCAAAUAGUUCUGAUUAUUCUAUCCUGCCUACUCAUCCAAAUACUCCUAGCGCGCUUACAGAUACGCCAGCAGCUAGCUAUCAGCACGUAAUGACAAGGUUUCCCGCUACCAUAUUUACGUACAAAGAUCAGGGAGAGCUUCCCUAUGGAGAAGACGACUAUCCAGCUGACUGGAAUUCGGGAUACAAUCCCGGAUUCAACGAUAAGGGCCAAGGUCCUGUGGCUGACUUGUGGGCUGGUGUUUACAGGACUGAGGAAGAAAUGCAAAUUUGUCACUUAUUUGAUCAUGUGGAUCUUUAUCGACUAAUGUACAUCGUUACGACUUUGACUUCAACUGUUGAUUGCGUUCAAGAUGAUCCGACGUGUGUAAGAAUGGCAACAGAAAUCCUCAACAGUGCUGGUAGACCGUAUGGAUUUAACGUUGCAAGUCAAUUGCGGCCAGUAAAUGGCUUCACUGUGGAGCAAGUGGGAGGGCUUUUCCAAAUUAUGUCCGAUAGAAGCAACCAAAAUCGUGGUGCAGCAGUUGCACGCAUAAAUGGAUGGCUGCAAAUCAAUAAUAGACUGGUUGAGAAAAGCGAAAAGCAGAAGAGAAGAGAAAGGGAAGAACAAGCGGGGAAAAGCAAAGAUAAUAAAAAGCAUGGCAAGAGUUCCAAGCAUAAGAGUCCCUCACCUACGAGUUCUACGCCUAAGCUAUAUCCAUACUGGUCUCCCAAGAAACUAUUAGCAGGUCUACCAGAAGCUAUUAUUCGUUACUUUAACUACGACUAUAGAGCUGCUGCUGCGGACAAAAGGCUCUGCUGGCACUGGAGAAUAGACUAUUUUCUCUAUCGCGAGAAAGGAGAUGGUGAUCGACUCAUUUGGCACUUGCCAAAAAACUUCAUAUACCCACCACCAGUACCUCCUGAAGCUCGUUUUUGGACCAAUAUAACUGCCGAGCAAGCAGACUACAACGACCAAGAAUAUGUCCAGAAUGAUCCAGAAGAAUUGGAAUUUGCGCGGAAAAGACUAGAGCAAUUGAGUUGGGGAGAGCCGAGUAGGUUGGAGGCACAACGGUUGGCACUAGAGGAGGAAAGACAGCGCCGCAAUCAAGAAAGGGGAAAGAGUGCCAAUGUCGUCACCGUGAAACCUAGAGGAUCAUCAUCUAAACAUCCGCGUCCAGAUACAGACAGCUCGAGCUCUCAAAAAGUCAAAACGAGGAUUCAAUACAUGGACCAAGAUGGGAAAAUUCACUAUAAGCGGGCACCCAAAUGA